CAAAAGCUUUUCCUUUCCAGGUUUAAUUUCCGGGGUUUCCGCUGGAUGAAAACCAUGAUCCACACCAUCAAGGAGAUUAACGAGAGGAACGACAUUUUGCCCAACCACACUCUGGGCUAUCAGAUCUUUGACACCUGCUAUACCGUCUCCAAAACAAUAGAGAGUACUUUCACCUUUCUUACGGGGCAGGAAGAAUACCAGCCCAACAUUAGAAACAGCACUGGGAAGUACUUAGUAGGCAUUAUUGGAUCAGGGGGAUCGUUCUUGUCAGUUGCCUCUUCGAGAAUUCUGGGCUUGUCCAGUAUGCCUCAGAUUGGCUAUACUUCUUCCUGCCCAAUUCUUAGUGACAAGUUCCAGUUUCCAUCUUAUUAUCGCACAAUACCAAGUGAUAAGAUCCAGUCUGAGGCCAUGGUGAAUCUUAUCCAACACUUUGGGUGGGUCUGGGUAGGCGCUAUUGCAGCUGAUGACGAUUAUGGAAAAUAUGGAGUAAAAACUUUUAAGGAAAAAAUGAAAAGUGCCCACCUCUGUGUUGCUUUCUCUGAAACCAUUCCCAAAUUCUACUCCAAUGAGAAAAUGCAAAACGCCAUCAAUGCAGUAAAGAGUUCCACGGCCAGAGUCAUUGUGCUUUUUACCUCUGACAUUGACCUCAGCCCCUUUGUGCUGGAGAUGGUUCAUCAUAACAUAACUGACAGGACAUGGAUAGCCAGCGAAGCCUGGAUUACCUCAGCCCUCAUUGCAAAGCCCGAGUACUUCCCCUAUUUUGGCGGAACUAUUGGAUUUGCAAUCCCAAGAACCGUUAUACCAGGACUGAAAGAGUUUCUUUAUGAAGUGCACCCUAGCAAGGAUCCAAAUGACGUCCUGACCAUUGAAUUCUGGCAAACUGCUUUUAACUGUACCUGGCCCAAUAGCAGUGUGCCUUACAACGUGGACCACAGAGUGAAUAUGACUGGCAAAGAAGACAGGUUGUAUGACAUGUCUGAUCAGCUCUGCACUGGAGAGGAGAAGCUGGAAGACCUGAAAAACACCUAUCUGGAUGUGUCUCAGCUCAGAGUCACCAACAACGUCAGACAAGCUGUGUAUGCUAUGGCUUACGCCCUGGAUCGUCUCAGCAGAUGUGACCUAACAGAAGAAGAAAAAACAUAUAUAAAAUGUUCACAUAUACCUGACUAUGACCCCUCGGAUCUAACGGUUUACUUAAGGCGUUUGGGAUUUACCUCCCAUGAUGGGAGAAAAAUGCAGUUUGACGGAGUUGGGGAUCUGGAAAUUGGACAUUAUGAUAUCCUCAACUGGCAAAUAGAUAAUGCUGGAGAAAUCGCCUUUGUCAAAGUUGGAGAAUACAAAUUCCAAGAAUCAAGUUUUGAACUUGUUCUUCCAAAGAACUCAACAUUAUUUUGGAACACUGAAUCUUCAAGGCUUCCAGAUUCAGUAUGUACAAAACUGUGUCCUCCAGGGACCAGGAAAGGGAUUCUCUACGGGAAACCCCAUUGCUGCUUUGAUUGCAUCCCAUGUGCUGACGGAUAUGUGUCAGAGAAAGAAGGCCAAAGGGAAUGUGACCCAUGUGGGGAAGACGACUGGUCCAAUGCACAGAAAAACAAGUGUGUGCCAAAGGAGGUGGAGUUCCUCGCUUAUGAGGAGGCCCUGGGGUUCACCCUUGUCAUCCUGUCUAUCCUGGGGGCACUCGUGGUAUUGGCAGUCAUCGUGGUGUAUGUGAUCCACAGGCACACUCCAUUGGUGAAGGCCAAUGACCGGGAGCUGAGCUUCCUCAUUCAGAUGUCUCUGCUCACCACGGUGCUCUCAUCCUUGCUCUUCAUAGGCAAGCCACUGAACUGGUCCUGCAUGGCCCGCCAGGUCACUCUGGCACUAGGCUUUUGCCUCUGUCUGUCUUCCAUUCUCGGAAAGACUAUUUCACUCUUUUUUGCCUACAGGAUUUCCAUAUCCAAAACUCGGCUUAUAUCCAUGCACCCCGUUAUUAGAAAACUCAUUGUGCUGGUCUGUGUUUUGGGGGAGAUUGGUGCAUGCUCAGCUUACUUGGUGUUGGAACCUCCGAGGAUGUUCAAGAACAUUGAACCUCAAAAUGUAAAGAUCAUCUUUGAAUGCAAUGAAGGUUCUAUAGAGUUCCUGUGCUCCAUAUUUGGGUUUGAUGUCCUUCUGGCCUUACUGUGUUUCCUUACAACGUUUGUGGCUCGCCAGCUGCCAGAUAACUACUAUGAAGGGAAAUGCAUCACGUUUGCAAUGCUGGUCUUUUUCAUUGUCUGGAUCUCUUUUGUCCCUGCGUACCUGAGCACCAAAGGAAAAUUCAAAGUGCUUUCCGUUCUCCAUGAAAACCUGGGUCUAACUGAUUCCCGAUGUGAAAGGUCCUCUCAAGCCAUCAUUAUUUCCAGCGGUUGUCACCUGCUGCUUUUCUACCCACAUCCUCGUAGCACAAGCUAG